AUGACGUUGGAACACGCUAAAUUGUUUAAGGGUCUAACUGUUGAGCAGUCCAUCAUUUAUCGCAGAGUAAUGGAUGAUCUGUCGAGUCAAGAAGGAGGUGUGUUUUUCGUCUACUGCUACAGAGGUACCAGAAAAACAUAUGUUUGGAAGACAUUAUGUGCCGCAGUAAAGAAGAUGGGCGAAAUUGUAUUGCCUGUAGCUUCGAGUGGAAUUGCUUCUCUCCUCCUUCCACGGGGAAGAACGGCGCAUUCGAGAUUUGGUAUCCCUCUGAAUGUAACUGAGAAUUCUACAUGUGCCAGAAUUCGUCUUGGGUUGGAUUUAGCCUAUCUUCUCAUCAAGACAAAACUUAUUAUAUGGGAUGAAGCGCCCAUGAUGCAUAAGUACUGUUUCGAAGCACUCGAUAGAAGUUUGAGGGACAUAAUGGGGUUAGUUGAUUAG